UAACUCGAGAAAAACUUUUAAAAAGUUACAAUUGAAAAACUAUUUGGUUGUGUGUGAUUUCCAGGUGAAUGAAUGUAGUCUUGGGAAAGACUGUUGUUGGUGGUGACUGACAGUUUGCUGUGAAGUGUAAUGGUCCAGGAGAUCAUAUUAUUCAGGUUAAAUUUUAUUUGCAUUGAUCAAGAUGUAUUCAAAGUUCCAGUGUUGGCGAUGUGACAAGGUUACAAGCGAAGGCAAGAAGUGUGGCGCUUGUGGUAUGGCGUAUUACUGUACUGAUCGAUGUAGGAUCAAUGAUGAGUUUAGGCACAGCGGUAGCGAGUGUGAAGAUGUCGCUGUAAGAUAUGUUUGCCAUGGAUGUAAGAAGAAGAAGACAACACAGUUGAAGAUGUGCACCAACUGUAUGAAGGUCUGGUUCUGCGAUAGACAGUGUCAAGUAAAAGCUUGGCAAAGCCACAAAGAAGAAUGCCAAGCAAUUUCUAAAGCAACGAUAGAACUUGGAUCUCGACUCAACGGGAUCAAUACCAUUCGAAUGGCUAAACCAGGGAUGUCACAGCUUUAUUACUGGGGCAACACUCCUGCAAUUGAUCUGUUAAACCUCCCCAUGAAUGAAGGGAUGGGAUACACGGAACCUUUGUCACUUCUUCUGUGUGGAGUUGGUGAUCCGAGGAAAGUUUGUUUUACCAUAAGCAAACUACAAGACGCAGAAUAUAAAGGCAAAGUUACGUUCGUGAUGAACGACAUCUGUUCUUGUACACUUGCUAGAACUUUGCUGUUGCUGUAUCUUCUUUGUAAAGGUGGUGAGAGUAAAGCAAGGUCUGUAACCCAGAUAUGGUAUUCACUGUAUCUAAGCGAGGAAGACCAUCAGUUUGUUAUCGCUUGCUUGCGUGACUUGAUACAAAUAUCCAACCUUGAAGUCAUCACGCAUGGUAUCAUGAAAAUGAACGCUGAACAAUUCAGCAGUCUCAAGAAUGUCUGGAUAACUUGGCUACAUCUUUCCAGGAAAGAAUUCGAUAUCUUUGGGCAACGACGUCAACAGUUUGACAACGAUAGAAGCGCAGCAUAUGGGAUGAAAAGCUACAUCGAGGAAAUCCCGAGGAAACAUCAGAGAUCUGCUCAAGAGUGGUUACAAAACGGUAUGCUUUGCAGUGAGCAAAACAGGAAGAACCUGACAAAAGAAAAUUUUACCCUCAUGGGAUCUUCCUUUCAGCUCGAUUCGAACUCAGGAUCCUACGAAUAUGGCGUACCAACCGAUUCUUUCCCCUUCAACGGCUGGGAUUACAGAAUUGUCAGUGCAAUGUACCCUAAAACCAACUCCUUGACUGUGAUGUACAAUAACUACAUCACUGAUGUCCUGAGAAAGUGUGCUGCACGACUACAGAAUGAUAACAUUCACCUGUCAUUCAUCUUGAGCAACUGCACUGACGUCACACCUUACCUACCAGAAGGUAUGACAUAUGACAGGAUUAUGACGUCCAACCUGUGGGACUAUAUCCAUCUAGGAGAUCUAUUGAAGUUUAUGAAACCUUUGUUGAAUGCACGAAACAAGUGGGCUGUGGUUGUCACCGAGACGCAAAACUGGAUAAGACAACUUCCACUUCUUUAUGACAAGAAAAUGGGUUUAACUGUUGGAAGUGCAGUCAGACAAAAAGUUCUUAAAGAUACAGGGAACAAAUCUAUCGCGAAUUCAAUGGGUAAACAAGGAUUCUUGGACUACUGCAACAUUACAGAAGAAGUCACAUCGUUUGUGCGAGCAUCACUCCUAGAUCCCAGUCCAAACAGCAGUAGGAAAACGAAAUCUCACAUUCCUUCUCUUGAGAAGCUUGCAGCAGAAUUUGGUCUAAGGCCACGUGACUUCGCCAGGCGGGAAAACACAGUCGCGCCGUUUCGUUGGUCAUUGAAUUGUCGACGAGUGUCUUUGUUACAAGGGACUGAAAUGUCCGUGGAAUGGUCACUCAUUCCAAUUUAUCCUUCACUUGACUAAAAAAAAAGAUUUUAAAUGAUACUCCACAUGAAAAAUUAAGCUCCCUUUAUCUCCCUCUGCUGUCCCAUCAAACGAUUAGAAAAGGCAAUUUUUUUUUGUUCACGGGGUGGGGGUAGGGCGGAAAUUGGAGUUUCAGAGCCGAUGAUCAUCAGUAAAAUUGUAGACAAUUUUGACAAGACUGAUCUACCGCAAAAUGUUUUCUUAUUGGGUAUAUACGACAAUGAAAAGCCCCAAGAAAUAUUUGCACGUUGCAAUGUUAUUCACAUGUUCGUUAUAGACCUUUUUCUAAAUUACCGCUGUGUUCCUUGAUURMAGACUCAUUUACUCA